AGGAGCCUUUUACGUCUUGGAAGACGGGAUAAAAUGAUCAUCAAAGUCAUUAAAUGUUGGAUUUAUCAUCAUGGACAUGUUGUACAAAGUCUCCGAAAAGACACUGAAGUUCCAGGCCGCGCUUCAAAUCUUCUGAAAGGGCCACGGCCGCACGGAAGCCUGGAACGACGCAAGUGUUAGCUUCCGCUCAUAACAAACCGAUUUUGCUUCUGCGAGAGCAAAAUCACAGACUGCGAUAAAUCCACAGUCUAAAAUGCAGCCAUGACGACCUUGCCGCCUGAAUAGCAAACCCCGAUAGCAAGCCGCCAUACAUCACUGUCAAAGCACAGACUCCCCCAGCUACAUACAGGUGCCCUCCUGUGUCGAGACUUCCACUGAGCACCAGAGAGGAACGAUGCACUGGAAGCUUCCUCUGUUUCCCCAUCUUUCAUGUUCCUGUCAGACGCCGCAGUUUGGGAUGCCAUUCUACAUAAGUAGGCUGAUCCUCAAAGCCCUUCUUCUGCUCCCCGCCACUGCUCAUGCCCUCAUACCGAUACCGCAGGUGCCGAGGUUCGGGCAGCAAUGUAGCUAACAGCAGUCCUCAUUGAUAUCUGAUGGCAAGUCAAGUCUGUACAGUCACUUCCUCUCCAGCUGUGUUCGCACAAAGGUGAGAAAGUUGCACUUUAACAGCUGAGUCUAAAUUGGGCCCUGAGACGUGGGAGCAUUAUCGCAUUGGACUUGGAAGUGUAAAUCACUUUUCUCUCUCCCUUUCUCCCACAUCACUACUAUUGCGCUGCUAUAUUUGAUACUUCAUUUGCAAAUGCACAUAACACAAUGCUCAGUUACUGUGAACCCCAAGGAGCUGAACACUCACACAAAGACUGCACAGACAGAGAGAGCUCCUGACUUCCAGAUCACGUACAGACAUGUGUUUUUAAAUUCUGUAUUGUAUAUUUCAUCAUGAUGUGAAAAGGAUGGAAUUAAUUGCUGGUACCAGUGAAUAUUGAUCUACUAUACAAAUCAUAGAACUGAAUGUCAAUGUAUGAAAUAUAAAAUUCCUUUUAUGAUUAUUUAAUAGGAAUGCUUAGUUGUUUAUUGGUUAAGGCAAUGCGAACAAGAAAACAUGAUUCAUACACAAAAGCAAUACAAAGUGUUUCACACAAAAAAUCCAACCAAAAGCCAUAAAAAAACGAAUAUCUUUCUCACGUAGAGCAGUGGGAAGUGAUUUUAAACUGUUGGUGAAUAAAUGUAUAAAAGAGUUUAUUUCAAAGCUUUUUCAUCAUGGAUGGUUUGAUUAAAAUGCAAUGUGCCAUUUUAAUAACGCUGCUCUUACCUAGUAGCUCCUUUGCCCUUUAUUUAUUCAUUUCAUCUUUUGAUCUUUGCUGCCUUUUAAUCCAAAUAAAGCUGAAUAUGAAAUAUAUUGUAUCUGAACGAAAGCCAGAGCAUCACUUUACGUAUGAAAAUGUGCGUCAACAUCAAUGACCUCAUGUAUUGCCCGCGCGCUCUGAGCCUUUGUGUUCCUGCUCUUUGUGGUCCCAGCCAUGACCAGUUUCUGUGGCAACACGAUUUUGAAAAUAGCUUCCCACUCCAACGGCCCACUGCCGUCGUAAGUUGUUCCGGCUGCAGCCCACUCUUGAUGCAUGACUCAUUCAUCGCUCAUUAUCAUCCCACUCUCAUUUCAUCCCAACCGGGCUCCCCCUGCUUGGUUAUCAGAUGGGGAUGGUCGUGUGGGGGGCGGGGUAGUAGCUACUAUAAAGCCAGUGUCUCCAUGCUGCGAUUGGCUGGUGGGAUCCAUUUAAUCUGCUGUGACUGCUACAGGGUCCACCCCCUGUACUCCUCCCCCUCGCUCUGACUGCCCCAACAGCAUCCUCCUUACACAACACUGUGCUGUCUCUGUUCCAGGGAGAAUAUCAGCUCUGCACAGGGAGGAGAGGAUUAGCGCAGCCACUCAGCUCAUCUGCAUACACAUUCCCAGAGAAGCACAUGAGCACCCAGGGCUGCACCUCUUUUGUAUAAAAACCUGGCACUCCUACUACAGAGGCUCCACUUGAUCCACAGUCAUUGCUGUGAGAGGAUUUAAUAAGGACCACUAUUUUUCUCUGUGUUUUUUUCUUUUUUUGGAGGGGACUUUUUAGAAAUAUGUUUGUUGUCUGUGAUGUCUCUGUUUGACUGGGACAAUGCAAGUAGUAUUGUUUGAUACAGACUUGCUCUGAGCAUCAAGGAGGUUUUUUUGGGGACUUUUCUACUGGGUUUGUUCCAGCAUCCGGUUUGGGAAACAGCAGCAGCAGAAUGCCAUCUAGAGACUCCUACGAGGUUCAUCAGGAAGAGAAGUCCCUGGUGCAGAAGGCCAAGCGAGAGGCCAAUCAGGAGGAUAUUCUGGCGGCUGCUCUGGGGAUGAGGAUGGGGCCACAGAAACCUCCAGCCACUUUCUGGCAGCCACUUAAACUAUUCGCCUAUUCACAGCUCACCUCACUGGUACGCAGAGCAACGCUGAAGGAGAGUGACCGGACGCCCAAAUCUGAGAAAGUCCACAACUUUAAGGUCCAUACCUUCAGAGGGCCUCACUGGUGUGAACACUGUGCCAGCUUCAUGUGGGGACUGAUGGCCCAGGGGGUCAAAUGUGCAGACUGUGGUUUGAACGUCCACAAACAGUGCUCCUCUCUGGUGCCCAAUGACUGCAAGCCAGACCUGAGACACAUCCGUAAAGUCUACAGCUGUGACCUCACGACCCUGGUGAACGCUUAUAACACAGCGCGGCCCAUGGUGGUGGACAUGUGCAUACGAGAGAUUGAGUCCAGAGGACUGAAGUCUGAAGGCCUCUACAGAAUAUCUGGAUUCAGUGAUUCAGUGGAAGAAGUCAAGACGGCGUUUGACAAAGAGGGCGAGAAGACAGACAUCUCAGUGAACGCCUAUGAAGACAUCAAUAUCAUCACGGGUGCACUGAAACUGUACCUCAGGGAUUUGCCUGUUCCCAUCAUCUCGUACGACGCCUACCCCAGGUUCAUAGAGGCUGCAAAGUUCACAGACCCUGAAAAGAAGCUGGAAGCGGUCCGCGAGGCUCUUGCCCUGCUUCCGCCAUCACACAGUGACACGCUCAAGUACCUCAUGGCACACUUAAAAAGGGUAACACAGGAUGAAAAAUUCAACCUGAUGAACGCAGAGAACCUCGCCAUCGUUUUCGGGCCCACCCUCAUGCGUGCACCAGACCUGGACGCCAUAACAGCACUCAACGACAUCCGCUACCAGAGACAGGUGGUGGAGCUGCUCAUUAAAAAUGAAGACGUGCUGUUCUAAACGCAAAUCAGGACUUUUAUAGAACAAUGCUCUAAUCAUUCUUUUUGUGUCAAGACUUGAAUGAUUGUUUGUAUUACAUCUAUUGAUACUGGUUUGUUUUUUUGAAUGCCCGGUGUAUGGACUAGUGCUGACCUAACAUCUGUCCUCCCCUGUGCUGGGUGUGGAUGAACCUCACACUUGUACGUACUUUAUGUCUCCCCAUUUUUGUCGGGGGAUUUUUUUCAGAAGCUGACAUACCGGCAUGCAUGGUGCGAGAUCUUUGUUGCUUUGUAGUCGUGACCCAGCAUGUGUUCAAGCUCGUGUAGCGCUGUGAUUUUCCUUUUGUCUGUUCUGUAGAAGUUUUAGUCCACAUUCCCAGCUGCCUCUGUGCAGUUAUUUCUGUGAAACAGUGUAUAGCUGGAUGUAAAAAAUAAGCUACUGAUUUUUCUGGGGUAAUUUUUAUGAUGCUGUAUUUUUUUAUCUUCCCACUGUUUUUAUGUAACCUGCAGUGCUUAUAGUUGAAUGAGCCUUUUCCUGUUACUCAGUACACACUGGUACAUUUGCCUGACCGUAACAUUUCUAGUGUGUUAUAAACAGCAUUAUUUGUGAAUUUAAUUUUUUUUAAUGUAAUGUUUUUAUACACAACUUGUGCAUGAUCACUUUAAUUUAUUAAACCUUACUCCGAGA